AUGGCCAGGCCGACCAACAGUGGAAUACAGAAAUAUAAAAUAGUGGACCAAUUUCUACAAAUGAAUAUUAAAACAAUUAUCAACCUACAGCAACCAGGAGAACAUGCGUAUUGUGGUGAUGGAAACGAUAAAACAGGCUUCUCCUAUAAUUCUCAAUUAUUUAUGGAAAAAGAGAUAUUUUUCUACAAUUUUGGCUGGGAUGAUUUUGGUGUAGGAACUGUAACUCUAUUAUUAGAUAUUGUUAAAGUUAUGCAGUUUUCACUCUCAUUAGGAAAGGUGGCCAUCCAUUGUCAUGCUGGAUUAGGGCGGACUGGGUUAUUAAUAGCUUGUUAUUUAGUUUAUAACAACAGACUUUCACCUACAAGUGCUGUACAUUAUGUUCGCUCUAAAAGACCUGGUGCAAUACAGACAGUGAGUCAAGUUCACAUGGUUUCUAAAUUCAGAGAUUUUAUCCGUCCUUUUCAACUCAUAUUUGCAAUAAGAGGUGAAAAUGAUUAUGAAUUCAAUCUACAGCAACACCUCAACCGACAGAGACACCUACUUCACGGCUACGAGGGACGCAAACUCAAAUAUCUACCUAAAAUAAUCUACAUCUGUUGUGAGAGAUUAUUAGAACUGGGGAAUUGUGGGAACUCUUUAAGCCGAAGUAUAAGCUAUAGUUCGUUAACAUCCCAUAAUUCAUUGCUCCCUCCCAUCAAUACGACGGAAACGUUAAAAAAAUCACUCUCCUAUCUUUCUGUCCGGUCGGAGAAUCCUUUCGAUGAUUCAGAUGGCAAUAUGGAAACUCCACGAAGUCGAAGUUUUGAAACUUUAAACAACACUCGAAUGAAAGACGUAUUAAAACAUUCCGAUUCCAGGCGUCAUGGCAGCACAGGAUCGUAUGAAUACCUGGACAAACCUGAAGGAAGAGCAACGCUGUCGUUAAAAACCAGUGAUCGUGGAUCUUCUGAUAAUUUGUCCGAGAAAGAUUCAGACGGUCGAAGUUCAGAUUCACCGGGCGAUAGUCCUGAUCUGUCUCUAGUCUCGUCCAAUGUUUUAGAUGAUCCAUCCCAGUGUCCUGAAGCUAGUCGUAGAGUCGUGGAAGCUCUUCUGAUAUCAGAGUACUCUGAAAAUGUCCUGACUCGCUGUGAGGAAUAUCAGUUAAAACUGAACCAAACAGAUGAAGCAUGGAAAAUGAUAGGUGUUGAAACUGACCCGGAAUUGAUCUCAGCGUUGCUAUGGGAAUGGUUAGACCAUCUACGAGAACCUGUGUUACGCAAACAAGAUCUGGCCCACGUCAAACACGACGCUAACGACCCCAUGUUGGUUUUACAGAAAAUAGACAGGGGAGCUAAAGGAGUGAUAGAAUAUUUUGCCAAAGUUCUGGUCAAGUUAGGGCCGUUACCAAAAAGCCUGAAAUAUCCUCUAAUUGAGAAGAUACUCUCGCAUGUUACACAUCACGUUGUUCAUGUUAAAUCUACCAAUUCCGUCGCUAUGCAAGAAACUCUGGAGAAGAAAGAACAUUGGAGUGCCAUGAAAUCCAAAUCUGCAAUGAGACUAUUUUAUUUCUUUCAGAAAUUAUCAGAUAUAAUGUUUGAAUCUGGUGCUAUCACUAGUAGAUGA